AUGAGUUAUGAAAAAAAUGGAACGAACGCUACAAUCAACGAAUCCUUAUCUGUGGACCCGACACUCAUUUUUGGACCUCAACGUGAUUCUAUGUACAUCGUUGUGCCCAUAACUAUAAUAUACUCGCUUAUCUUUAUAACGGGGUUGUUUGGCAACAUAUUCACAUGUAUAGUGAUCAUGAGAAACAAAAACAUGCAUACAGCUACAAAUUAUUACUUAUUCAGUUUAGCUAUAUCCGAUCUCCUUUUACUGGUAAGCGGGAUGCCGCAAGAAAUGUACUCGAUUUGGUACAAAUGGCCGUACGUUUUUGGCCAGUCCUUCUGCGUUAUACGGGGCCUAGCGGCAGAGACAUCGACGAACGCGAGUAUCUUGACGAUAACUCUAUUCACCAUAGAAAGGUAUUUGGCAAUUUGUCACCCAUUUGUUUCCCACAAGAUGUCGAAAUUGUCGAGAGCGAUAAAGCACGUUAUUUUAUUGUGGAUUAUAUCGUUCGGACUAGCGCUACCACAGGCUCUACAGUUUGGAAUAAGAGUCCACAAAGGUGUCACUAUGUGUCUCCAAACGAGAGUUAUAAUUGAGCACUCAUUUGAGUUGUCCACUAUAUUCCUAUUUUUUGCGCCAAUGCUUGUCAUCACUGUUCUUUACUCCCUAAUUGGCCUACGACUGAAUAAAUCGAACGUGUCCAAGGGUCUGAAAGACAAAGGCCCGCCACAAAAUAAAAAAGUAAUACACAAAAUCCAGAGGAAAAACAGUACACAGUCGACUAAACGUGUCGUUAAAAUGUUAGUCGCUGUGGUCGUUGGAUUUUUUAUCUGUUGGGCCCCGUUUCACGCCCAAAGGCUGGUCGCUAUAUAUGGGACAGCCGAAAAUCACCUGGCAAAGUCUUCAUUACUACUCUCCGCUUACUAUUACCUAACUUACACCUCUGGUGUUUUUUACUACGUGUCGACGUGUAUUAAUCCUAUAUUUUAUCAUAUAAUGAGUAAUAAAUUUAGAGAAGCAUUUAAGGCUACAAUAAGCCAAUGCUGUUGUCGUCACGCAGACAGGCCUGUGACAAAGCGAUGUUCAUACACAGCCGUGCCAUUCACUCGUCAGCCUACCUCGAGCGGAUCCAUGAAUUCUGGCUCGUUCAAACACCAACUCAGCAUUAAGGAGCUGAAGCCAAUAGAAUACACCGGAAGCAAAGACAUACCAACGUCUCGUGUCUUCAAAGUUUGUGAAAAAUCUAUGACGGCCACCAUGACGGAGACAAAACAGCGGACGGAUCUGUCCAAAUUGAGCAAGUCCAGGGAGGCUGACUGGCCGGCAGUUUUAUUCUUCAUCCACAUUCAUCUUCUCUCCUUAUAUGCGAUAUGGCUGCUUUUUACAGAAGCAAAACUACUAACAAUAUUAUUACUGGUCGUUCUGACACUAUUCGCCACGUUAGGAGCCACUACUGGGGCCCACAGACUAUGGGCACACUCAACAUAUACAGCAAGCACUGAAUUACGGAUAGUACUAAUGUUGUUUCAAACUUUAGUAGGGCAGGGUUCGAUAUACGACUGGGUGCAAAACCAUAGAUUACACCAUGCUCAUUUCAAGACGGAUGGCGAUCCUUACGACCACAGACAAGGAUUUAUUUACGCACAUUUCCUGACGAGACUUCGAAAGUUGAGCGAAUACCAGACGGCAUUGAAAGAGUCAAUAGAUAUGUCUGAUCUCGAAAAAGAUUCCGUUGUCAUGUUUCAAAAGAGGUUUUACUGGGUACUAUAUGGAGUAUUAUUCAUCCUUCUCCCUUUGAACGCUCCACUUGAAUACUGGGACGACAGCAUAAUGAGUUCUAUAUUUGUCAUUGGAUUUUUGAGAUACUGUCUCGUUCUACACGCUUCUUGGCUUAUAGAAAGCGGGGUGGCCCUCUGGGGGUUAAAGGAAGGCGAGAAGUACCCACCUGACAGCAAUGUAGUAUUCUUGCUGAACAGAACCUUCUGGCCCCACUAUCACUACAUAUACCCGCAGGACUACAAGUCUGGUGAAUAUGGUUCAUAUGGGUCAGGUUGCUCAACCGCGUUUAUUAAAAUCUAUGCAGCUACUGGACUUGCAACACACCUCUCAACUUUGGAGCCCCGAACCCUGCAAGUUGCGAUGGCUACCGCGGCUAAAUCUAAGAGACCCAUCCCAGAGUGUAUAAGAGAGGCUCUCCAGAACCAAGUUUUAAGAAAAGACCACUAUUUAAAUUAG